UGCGAACUGUCAAACGCGAUUGUAUUGGUUUUCCUAACCUCGGUUAUUGUUACGCGAUUGUUAAUUAAUUACAGUGGAAAAUCGCGGUUUUUUAAUCACUGUUUAAGUGUACCUUUAAUUUCUAAUACUCGAAGAUUUUAUAUCAAUUAAUAAAUAACGCGGACAAUAUGUAAUUAUGAAGCUUUACGAAUGUGUUUUAUAUCUGGAAUAUUUCUAACCUGUUUUUGCAUUGACACUCAGUGAUGGAUAGAGAAAAGGGUAUCAAAAAAUCUUUUAUUUGAGUUCAGGUUGACGGCACGGAAAAUACCAAAUAUAUAAAAAAAAGACACUCAGUGAUAAAACAUUGUUAAUAAAUAGUGUUGAAGAAAAUAGCAAUAAUGGAGAGUACUCAAUCGUUGUACAUAAACCUCUUUAGUGAAGACAAGAGUAAUAUCUUGAAAGAGCUGUUACAUGCAUGCGUCGAUGAAAUCUGUGGUCGUCCAGGACCAUCGUAUCAUAAAUUCAUCAAUAGUAUGGAUUGGAACAAAGCCGAAUAUGAAGGCACUUAUAAGCUAAUAUCAUCAUUGUUACGGAAUCCUGCCUCUCUUUACAUGGUAGAGGAAAAGAUGCCACAAGAGUAUCAUGAACUACCCGAGCAAGUACAACAAAAUAUUCUUACUUGCUUAAAAGUGCGUAGGGAACAGUUAACAAAUGCUUUAUUAAGGAAACAUUACAAAAGGAAGCUGCCAACUGUAAUCAAUUCAGAUUGGAGAUUAAAGUUAAUAAUGGGUUCGAGCAAAAUGGCUUCUUUACGGGAAUCGCUUCUUCAGCUGGAUCUAAUAGUUGAAGAUACAGAAUCUCGACAUAUCAUAAAUUUAGAGCUAAACAAGGAUGAACUAGAUACAGUGAUAAACACCUUAGAAACGAUUGUGUGAUAUAUUUUACGAAUUUCUUUUUUUUUUACGAACAAACAAUGAUUUAUAAACUCCUAUUGUAAUAAUCGUGUGGGAUAUGAUAAAGGUUCUGUGAUGAAAUAAAUACUCGCUGCUGGUACA